GAGAGGGCUACAGCCAUGGCCGACACCGCUGCCCCGCCGCCUCCCGCUGCCCCGGCGUCGGGGCUGCCGGCCGCUCCCGGCAGCAACCCCCUGUCCCGCAAGCUCAACAAGAUCCUGGACACUCGCCUGGACAACGACAAGGAAAUGCUGGAAGCACUGAAGGCUCUCUCGACCUUUUUCGUUGAGAACAGUUUGCGCACCCGGAGAAACUUGCGUGGAGACAUCGAACGGCGAAGCUUAGCCAUCAACGAGGAGUUUGUCCACAUAUUCAAGCAAGUUAAAGAGGAGCUUGAGAGUAUCAAUGAAGAUGUGCAGGCCAUGAGCAGCUGCUGUGAAGACAUGUCCAGUCGUUUGAGGGCAGCAAAGGAACAAACCCAGGACUUGAUAGUGAAAACCACAAAACUCCAGGCAGAAAAUCAGAGACUAGAAAUGAAAGCACAAAUUGCAGAUGCAUUCAUAGCAAAAUUCCAGCUGACACCAGAUGAAAUGAACCUCCUUCGAGGCACGAAAGAUGAGCCAAUUACUGAGGAUUUUUUCAAGGCCUUGGGAAGAGUAAAGCAAAUUCAUGAUGAUGUCAAGAUUCUCCUCCGGACCAACCAGCAAAGGGCAGGCUUGGAAAUCAUGGAACAGAUGGCUCUGCUGCAAGAGACCUCUUACGAACGGCUCUACAGAUGGACCCAAAAUGAAUGCAGAACUUUGACACAGGAAUCAUGUGACAUUUCUCCAGUUCUUGCUCGAGCCAUGGAAGCCUUACAAGACAGACCUGUCCUGUAUAAGUACACGUUGGAUGAGUUUGGAACAGCUAGGAGGAGUGCUGUGGUCCGUGGCUUUAUAGAUGCUCUUACUAGAGGAGGUCUGGGAGGUACUCCCCGCCCUAUCGAAAUGCACUCCCACGAUCCUCUGAGGUACGUAGGAGAUAUGCUGGCCUGGUUGCAUCAAGCUACAGCUUCAGAAAAAGAGCACCUGGAAGCUAUGUUAAAGCUUGUAACCAUUCAAGGUGUGGAAGAAAAUAUUCAAGAAGUAGUUGGGCACAUCACAGAAGGUGUCUGCAGGCCUCUGAAGGUUAGAAUUGAGCAGGUGAUCGUGGCCGAGCCAGGAGCAGUUUUACUCUACAAGAUUUCCAAUCUUCUUAAAUUCUAUCACCAUACAAUCAGUGGUAUUGUAGGAAACAGUGCAGCCACACUCUUAACAACAAUUGAAGAAAUGCAUUUGUUGAGCAAGAAAAUAUUCUUCAAUAGCCUGAGUCUUCAUGCAAGUAAACUAAUGGACAAGGUUGAACUCCCACCUCCUGAUCUUGGCCCAAGCUCUGCGCUAAAUCAGACACUUAACUUGCUGCGAGAGGUUCUGGCAUCUCAUGACUCAUCUGUUGUCCCACUGGAUGCCCGUCAGGCUGACUUUGUGCAGGUUUUGUCUUGUGUGCUUGAUCCGUUGUUACAGAUGUGUACUAUGUCUGCUAGUAAUUUGGGCACAGCUGAUAUGGCAACCUUCAUGGUGAAUUCCCUUUACAUGAUGAAGACUACUUUGGCUCUCUUUGAAUUCACUGACAAACGUCUGGAAAUGUUACAGUUUCAGAUUGAAGCUCAUUUAGAUACACUUAUAAAUGAGCAAGCUUCCUACGUGUUAACAAGAGCUGGUCUGAGUUACAUAUACAACUCUCUUCAGCAGCACAAGCCGGAACAGGGUCCUCUUUCAAAUCUGCCAAGCAUGGAUUCUGUGUCCCUGAAGGUUGCAAUGGCUCAGUUUGACCGAUACCUCUCUGCUCCAGACAGUCUGCUAAUGUCCCAGCUGAAUUUCCUACUGAGUGCCACUGUGAAGGAGCAGAUAAUAAAACAGUCAACAGAGCUGGUCUGCAGAGCUUACAGUGAAGUAUAUGCAGCUGUGAUGGACCCUGCCAAUGAAUAUAAGGAUCCAGAAACCAUUCUGCACAGAUCUCCUCAUCAAGUCCAGGCACUCCUGUCAUAGUCUUGCAUCCCCAGGAUUGAUCAGAGUCCAUAAUUAUCUAUUUGUUGAGUCCUUGCAUCGAGUCAUUUUGGGUUUGGGUUUGGAUGUAUAGCUGUAGAGUUAAACUGUGUAGGAAUGUGUUUUGUUUAAUCUGCUUGUCAGGAAUCUACUCUGUCCUGUGCCUUUGAAUACCUUCUGUAGGCCAGCAAAAUAGAAUAGAGAUUAAAAAUGAUGUCCAUGUGUGCCUCUCAUGGAAAUGGACCUUGACAAUAUGAAGUCCCUUUGGAAAAGGGAGCAGAGGAGGCAGAAGCUUUGCCCUUGCAUAAUCCUUCCAACUAGACAUUGAACCAGUGUCUCUUAGGACCUCACCAGUACUUCCAUUUGCUCUUUACUCCUUGUCUCAGCCUGUCAUCAGUAAAUGCUGGUGAGUGUAAUUCUAACAGAACUGAUAGCCUUUCAUUUCUCAAGCGCAGUGCUUGUACAGCCUACAAAUAGUGUCAGAGUAUUUGAUCUUUGGGCAGAAUUUGUGUGCUGGUUUGGAAUCCAUUGUUGCUGGUUUUGUUCUUUCCUGUGCAUACCUUGGAAUGUAAUGCUUUCAAUUAGUUGUACAAUUCUGUUGUACUGGAAGAGUUUUGCUUUGUUGCAGUGGUUCUGUAGGAAUCUUUCCAUCACUUGAAACUUGCAGCUCUCCUAAGGCUGGGACCACUAACACUGUGGGUCAGGAAAAUGCAGUAUGGCCAUGCCUCGGUC